AAUCUACGGUGGCGGCAACUCCCCACCCCCAUGUGGCUUUUGCUUUGGUGAACGGAGCGUGCGGAGACGCCCUCGGGGUCGCUUCACCUCAAAGUCUCGCAUCCAUUUCCUCCGCUCGUAAACGCCUUUUAAUUCAUACAUCGCAGCUCAUUCUGCGUCAAACUCUCUAAAGUCAAGCCUUUCUUCGAUCUUGACGAUUCGAUAUGCAAAUAUCCCGAUGGCGAAACGUGAUAUCGCUCAAGACUUACCUGAUUCCUUUACCGAAUCUAGCACCAACCCAUUCUUCCUCGGCCUUUCAUUCCACUUCGUUUCAGAGAAGGAAGAAUAAAUCCAACUCUAAUCAUAUCAGAUUUGUAGUGCGUGAAAAGCGCUCGGAUGCAAAGAAAGCUCUGAAGGAUCUCCUUUACAAUAGUGGGUCCUCCCAAUUUUCAUCUCAGGAGAGAGAAACAUGGAAACUUGAAGGAGAUUGCGAUCAGUGUGGAGAUCAAGAUAAUCCAGGUGACCGUGAUAAUAAAGGUCGACCAAAGUCUCGUCGGUGGCAUGGAAAAUCAAAAAGGAACCCAAAACCAAAAGGGAAAAUCAGAAGAGAGAGUUUCUGUGAGGACUUUGAUGAUCCUGAGACAAUCUUCUGCUCAAGAUUUGGUUUUAAAUCGUCAACGUGGUCCUUCUGCGAUUGGCGGGGGUCUUCAUUUGAGAACUCAACAUCUGGAUUCGAUCACAGGAGGGAGAGGGAGCACUCAAGCUGGGCAAAUAGAAGGAAAACUAGAAAGUGGACCAAUGAAAGUGAUGCUGAGUCUGCAAGUGAUGACGAGUCUAAUGAUGACAUUGAUUCCUUUCGUGUAGGUUUGCUUUCCGAUAGAACUAUCCUUGGUCUGCCUCCCACAGGUCCUUUAAAGAUUGAAGAUGUUAAAAACGCUUUCCGGUUAUCAGCUUUGAAAUGGCAUCCUGAUAAGCAUCAAGGCCCCUCCCAGGUGAUGGCUGAAGAAAAAUUUAAACAGUGCGUGAAUGCGUACAAGUCAUUAUGCAGUGCAAUCUCGACGGCGUAGCUGCUUUGGUCUCAUUGCAGGAGAAACAGCUUCAGCCGGUAGCUAACUCUAUCGCUGACCAGACUUGUGCUAAUAUGCUAUCAUAUUUAUUUUUCAGAAAAGAAAAGGAGGAAAAAAAAGAUCGGAAAAUUAAACAGUUGUAAGUAUUUAUUGAUUGGGCAUCCAAUUGUCAAAUUCAGUGUACAUUUUUAUUUUUCAUGCAAAGAUUUCCUGUAUUCCCGGCAUUUGUGCGGGGUCCAA